ACGUAUUUAAUGAAAUGCCGUAUCGAGCGAGCAAACUUUGAUGGGAGCGAUCGGGAACUUUUGACAGAAGAUACCCAUUACCCCCUUGGGAUAGCUGUAGAUGGAGUGAAUAGGAAAUUGUUUUGGAAGGAACAGUUUGUUGUGAAGUCAUCGGAUCUGAACGGAGAGAAUAAGAUGAUAAUAGCGGAAUCGAACGGUUCAGCAGCAAGUUGUAUAUUCUACUAUCAGAGAGGAAUCGGAGACUCUGUGAUCCUGUUUACCGAUUACAAGAAUAACAUGGUUCAAUCUGUUAGGCCAGAUGGAAGUGACCAAAAGGUAUUGUUCCGAUGGCCUGCAAGUCGCGUAAAGCACAUCGCCGUCUACGACUCCACCAUCUAUUUCACGACCAAUAAUGGUGCAGGUGGCCUCGGGGAAGUCCCCCUGUCGAACUUGACAGCAGUGAGGGUCGUGGAGACUUUUCGCGUCAGAGGAAGCGAUGGGUAUAGGACUGACGCCACCGUGGAUAUCAAGGACAUUCACAUCUAUAAUAUGACCAUGGUGACCCAACCAUCAUCACAGUGGGCUAGCGUUUAAAGGACAAGUCCACCCCAACAAACAGUUGAUUUGAAUAAAAAGAGAAAGAUCCAACAACCAUAACACUGAA